CCAACCCAAAACGAAAAAAAAAAAAAAACAGCCGGCGAAAGUGAAACAAGAAACCGCCCCCGGACAGAAACCACCACCACCACCGCGGCGACGACGACGACCCUCCCCUCCCCCCUAUCGUCAUCCUCGCGAUCGCGCAUUCAUCCGCACGCCGAAAUAACCUAGACCAGAAAACGACCAACCAGAGGUGGGAGAGGGAGGGAGCAAGUCUCCGAUGGUGGUGGUGGUGGUGGGAGGAGGAGGAGGGGUGAAGAAGGAGGAGGAGGAGACGGAGGAGGCGAGGGGUGGUGGAGGCGGAGGCGGCCCCGCGGGGGCGUGGGGGACGUGGGAGGAGCUGGUGCUGGGGAGCGCCGUCAUCCGCCACGGGGCCGUCGCGUGGGGCGCCGUCGCCGCCGAGCUCCGGUCCCGCUCGCCGUGCGCCUUCUCGCCUGAGGAAUGCGAAGCAAAAUUUUCAGAGAUACAAGCACGCUACUCUGCAUGCGAUGCUUGGUUUGAGGAGCUCCGUAAGAGGAGAGUUGCUGAACUAAGAAAUGAGCUGAAGAAGUCGGAAAAUUUUAUUGGAUCCCUGCAGUCCAUGAUCAAAAGCCUCAGCAAUAGCAAACAUGAUGAUGGCAACUCCGAAUGUCACACUAGUCAUACUGAAUCAUGUUCACAUAAUGAAAACGCAGCUGAUACCAAUUCCUCAAGCAAAGAGUUGUCCAAAGACAGGUCAUCCGCUGCUAGUUUUACAGAGGAAGCAAGCAACAGUCAGAAAUCUGAAAAGGCGCAACACUGCAGUACUGAUUCAGUUCAAGUGGACAAUGCUUCAGCAGAGACUUCGGCAAAACCCCUUGUUGAAAAAAAGAUUUGUGCUGAAGAUGGUUUGCUUUGGGGCUCUAGAAAGAAAAGGGGUGUGAGGGAAAGGAGGGUUCUUCUGAUGGCUGAUGAUAGUUGCAGGGCUGGCGAGAAUACAUCUACAUCAUACGCACAGAGAGAUGGUUACUCUGAAGGCUGUGCAAAGAAGGGCUUGAAAACUCCUAAGGUAGAAUCUAAUGUGUCUGUGGGUGAGAGGGCAAAACCAAACUUGGCAGAGAUUUUGAAAAGUAUAUCCACUCAAAGUGACUGUUAUAUGCUGCAACGCCGACUUGAUAUCCAGCGGAAGCGGGCUAGAUACAAGAAGAUGAUUCGCCGGCAUAUAGACUUCCGUAUCCUUCAUUCAAAGAUCAAGAGUGGUGCAACUUCUUGUACCAAGGAGCUUCUAAGAGACAUUCUACUGUUUGUCAAUAAUGUGCUUGCCUUCUACCCAAAGGCUACAUUGGAGCACAUGUCUGCAAUUGAACUUCGAAAUAUUGCAUUCAAAAUAGUGCAAAAGAGCUCAGGCAUGCCCUCUAAGAGUUGUGGAGUAACAAGGACAGCUAGUACCCCUUUAGUGAAGAAGAAUACCCGAUCGGUGCAGGUACAGCCUGGAAAUCAUGGGCCUCGUGAUGCAAAGAGAAGUAAAGUUUCUUCAAAGGAGACUGGAAGUACUGUCAAGCAGAUCGAGGCCAAGGGAUCGCGUGGUGAUUCAUCAGUGACAGGUAAUGCAAAAACCACACAGAGAAGUCCACCGGCCAAGAAGAGAGGUGUUGGGCGACCUCCAAAGAAUGGGCAGAAGCGUGCUGCUGCACAGCAAGAUAGCCCUAACAAAGGCAGGAAGAAGAGCCGGCGCUGAUCUUCGUUUCAAUGCCCAGAUAGACAAAACUGUGUACAGGCAGCGUAUAGCGAGACCUCAUAGAGUCGUCUAUUUCAGUGUUUACUUGUUUACCUGGCAAAGACUAGGCCGGAAAUGUUGUCGCAGGGAGUAAUAGGGUAUUUCUUGUGUCUUUUUUAUAAGAACAGAUAGAAAGGAACUCUCAUCUUCAUAGACAUUAGUGUAACUAGUAGGAUAUAUGUAUCUCUUGCUAUCUGCAAUGCUGAUAGUUUCUUGAUCAAAUGCAUACAAUUGCAACAAAAGAAAUUACCAUCAAAUUUUGAACUUUUAU